CUCAUCUCCCUUCCCCUCCUUAUCCGAUCGAGCUGCAGACUCAAGAAAAAACUCGUCCACUCAUCUCCCUUCCCCUCAUUCUCUCCAUUCCCAUGGCCCUCUCAUCCGAAUCUGUUGUUGGCGGCCAUGUAUCUGAGAACGAAUUAAUUUUCAUUGAAAGCGACGACGAUGGUGUGGAUGAUUCAAAGGAGACUGAAAUCAUCUAUUACCAUGAAGAGGAAGACGUCAUAAUCAUUGCUGGGACUAAGAAGACGCAGUUGAUGCUAGACGACGGCCAGAGGUAUGAGAUACUCGCAAUCGAGACUUCUCCGGGGAUCUACAAACCUUGGGAUCCGAAGACAGAUGUGAUGAAGUUCAUGCAACCCACUUCAGAUGUGAACUCUUCGGUCUCAGAGAUCAAUUCCAAGAGUAAUGUGGCCAUGGCUGAAGGCAGCAGGAAGGACAAAAGGAAAAAGCAGAAAGUGAGUGUUAGGGCACAUCUUUUCCAACAUGGUAUUGAUGAAUCAUAUACAUGUUGGAUAUGGCACGGAGAGCUAAAUCCAGAUGAUGAACCCCCUCACCCACACAAUAAACGUGUUCAUGACUCAUUUGAUGAUGGAACAGAAGAAAACAGCGAAGAAGAUGGUGAGGACAUGUCUUUUGAAUACUCUGAUUUCAUGAACCAUGUCCAAGGGGAUUCUGAACCCCUUUACCUGGGAUGCAAGACCUACACUAAGCUGAAGGCACUAGUGAAAUUAUAUAACUUGAAGGCAAAGCAUGGGAUUUCUGAUUCAUGCUUCUCUGAAAUUCUGCUUUUGCUGGGGACAUUUCUCCCAAAGGGCAACUGCCUGCCUUCGUCAUUUGGUGAAGCAAAGAAGACCUUAUGUGCUUUAGAAGGGCCUAACAAGGAUGUACCCACUUUCAGUGGGUAUAAAAUCAAUGGUGUGACCUACAGCACCAAAGAACGUGAUGAUAUGCGUCAAGUUCAGUGUAGUGGUGUUUGUGUAGAAGCUCAAACAAUGCUCGUAGUUGUUCAUGUCGAUAUGCUAGCAGUGCUUGUCCUCCUGUAUAUUGAUGUUGCUGUCUCUUAAAUUGUGUCCUUCUGAUGGAUACGUUGGGCCAUAGUUUUUUUGCUUUUUGGGUAUAACAAUAAUGCUGUUCACUUGGU